ACCUUUGUCUUCUAAAAGCUCACUUGCAGAGCUCCCAUGGCGGUUACCAGUAUUUAAACAACACCUAAGCGCUCUCUCUCUUUCUCUCUCUCUCUCUCUCAAUUCAUCUACCUUCCGGCGAACUGAAACAAGCCCACAUUAUCAUCUGUGGUCGGAACUCCACCGAUGCCCCUUCGAAAGCUGCCAGCCUAAAGCCACAGGCUGGAAAGAGCUGUUGGGGCGUCGAAGAAAAGCACCAGCGGAUCGUCGUGGUGGGGUGCAUUCUGCUCGAAUCUCAUUGUGGCAGCAGUGGAACUGGGCCUCUCUCCGGGAGAGAAAGUGAAGGGUACGGAACGGGGGCGAAGGUCCGAUCUUGAUUGCUUUCCUUUCUGUCUCUCUGGCUGUGAAUCCUCGAGCUGGAAGUAGGAUCCCGUUGCCGCCCCCAUUUUGUUUCUAAAGAUCGAGCUGCUCCUUUGUGGAUCUGAGCUGGUUGAGGUUUUGUCCUUGUCCCCCCUCCCAAAAGAAUCUUUUUUUUCAUUGCUUGGUGGUUGUUUUUCUGGAGUUUUGAGGGUGCCAUUUGGAUUUAGUUUCCCUUCCCUGAGAUUUGUCUGCAAAAGUUUAAUUUUUGGGUUUUUUUUUUUCUUUCUUGUUUUCUUUUAAUGCGGGAUGAGAAAGUGUAGUUCUUGAUUUGGAAGAUUAGUUUGGGUAAAUUGCAGGUUAUAACCCUAGUUUUAUCGAGUCUAAAAACAGAAAUUUUGGGUUUCUUGGGCCGUGUCUUCUAGACACUGGGCAUUUAACGUUUUGGAUAUUUUUAGAAGUCUGGGCUUUGGGAAUUUAGGAGUUCGAGGAUCAAAAUCUUAUAAAAGUGCUGCUUUUGUGGUGCAUUUCCUAUAGUAUUACUUCUGGAACUUCUUCACUUUGUCUUCAGGAUUUUGAGCAAGAGAUUAGGUUUCCGAGAAGCUAGGUCUGGAGACUUUGGGAUUUUUAGGAGGAAUGUGGAUUUGGUGAUUCUAGAUAUCUGCGGAAAUAAAAUCUUUGAGCGAUCUAUCCAUCGUAGUCUGGUUUGUUGUUCAUCUGGGUAGGUGUUGAAGAUGAAGGAGAUGGAACUGUUGAGCUGGAUCUCUUUGCUCUUUCCUCUCGCUUUCUUCACCUUCUUAUUGGGUGGUUCUUCUGCUGCAUUCACCCCUGCCGACAACUACCUUCUUGCUUGUGGUUCCCAAAACGUCCCGGUCCAAGGCGAGGUCUUUGUUCCUGAUUCACAGCAGUCUUCAUUUGUUCUAAAAACUUCUGGAGAUGGUACCUUUUCCGCCUCCAGUUCUGCUCUUCCAUCACCCAUAUAUCAGUCCCUCCGCAUCUUCUUCGAACCUGGCUAUUACAAGUUUGAUAUCCGGCAACCAGGCCGGCACUGGAUCCGCCUCUAUUUCUACCCGCUUCCAAAUUCCGGCCAUGACCUGAGCUCAGCCCCAUUGACUGUCACAACGGAUGAGUUUGUCCUCAUGAACAAUUUCACUUUCAAGAGUUCCAACUUCACAUAUUUGUUCAAGGAGUAUUCAGUGAAUGUAACCUCUGAUUUGUUGGUUCUUACCUUCAUCCCGUCGAAUGGCUCUGUUUCAUUUGUGAAUGGGAUCGAAGUCAUCUCGGUUCCUGAUGAAUUGAUCAAUGAUCAGGCUCUGGCUAUACCAAAUGCUCCUUUCAGUGGUCUCUCUGAGAUUGGUCUUGAGACCAUGUAUCGCUUGAACAUGGGGGGCCCUUUGCUCACUCCUCAGAAUGACUCGCUUGGGAGGACCUGGCAGACUGAUGGCAAAUACCUCCACGUCAACAGCUCAGCCGUGAAUGUGUCUGUAGAUCCUGCAAGUAUAAAGUACCCUGAUGUGAUGACUGCAGAUAUAGCACCAAAAUGGGUAUAUGCCACUGCCGAUGCAAUGGGAGAUGCAAAUGUAACAGACUUGAACUUCAACAUCACAUGGGUCUUCACCGUCGACCCGAGUUUCCUUUACUUGAUCCGCCUCCAUUUCUGUGAUAUUGUCAGUAAGGCUCUGAACACACUGGUUUUCAAUGUUUAUGUGAAUUCGGACAUUGCUAUUGCAAGUUUGGAUUUGUCAUCUCUAAAGGGUGACCUAUCUGUGCCGUACUACAAGGAUUUUGUCUCGAAUUCCUCAAAUGGUUCAAAUACCAUGACUGUGAGCAUUGGUCCAGACACGGUGGCUGACGUUAGCAAUGCAAUCCUGAAUGGUUUGGAGAUUAUGAAGAUUAGCAAUGAUGUCAAAAGCUUGGAUGGACUCUAUGCUGUUAAAGAUCUUAUGCCUGAGUCACCCUCAGGAAAGAACAAGUUCGGAAUUAUAAUUGGAGUAGUUGUGGGAUCCGUGGCUGCUGUUGGUUUGAUGGUAUUGUGCUACUGCUGUUUCAUGGUUCGCAGAUCGAAAACUAGAGCCCAUAGUCACCCAUGGUUACCGAUGCCCUUACAUGGAAACUCCCACACAAUCAGCAAGGUGUCAACAACUUCUCAGAAGAGUGGAACAGCAAGCUGCAUCUCUUUGGCCUCUACCAACCUUGGUCGUCUUUUUAUGUUUCAGGAGAUCAUGGAUGCAACGAAUAAGUUUGAUGAGAGUUUGCUUCUUGGUGUGGGUGGCUUUGGAAAGGUCUAUAAGGGGACGCUGGAAGAUGGCACUAAAGUUGCUGUCAAGAGGGGGAACCCCAGGUCUGAGCAAGGGCUUGCUGAAUUCCAAACUGAGAUUGAGAUGUUAUCCAAACUCCGGCAUCGUCACUUGGUCUCACUUAUUGGCUAUUGUGACGAGCGCUCUGAGAUGAUUUUGGUCUACGAGUACAUGGCGAAUGGGCCACUAAGGAGCCAUCUCUAUGGUGCCAACCUUCCAUCCCUCUCAUGGAGACAACGUCUUGAGAUCUGCAUUGGGGCUGCAAGGGGACUGCAUUACCUCCACACUGGUGCAGCUCAGAGCAUAAUCCACCGUGAUGUGAAGACCACCAACAUUCUCUUGGAUGAAAAUUUUGUCGCGAAGGUCGCAGACUUUGGUCUUUCAAAGACUGGCCCAGCUUUAGAUCAGACCCAUGUUAGUACUGCAGUCAAAGGCAGCUUUGGAUACCUCGACCCUGAGUACUUUCGGAGGCAGCAGCUAACAGAGAAGUCUGAUGUGUACUCUUUCGGUGUUGUGUUGAUGGAAGUCCUCUGUGCAAGGCCAGCACUCAACCCUGUUCUCCCAAGGGAGCAGGUAAACAUAGCAGAGUGGGCAAUGAGCUGGCAAAAGAAGGGCAUGCUGGAACAUAUUAUGGACCCGGCAUUGGCGGGGAAGAUCAAUCCGGCUUCCCUUAAGAAAUAUGGGGAUACAGCUGAGAAAUGCCUGGCAGAGCAGGGUGUUGAUAGGCCAACAAUGGGAGAUGUGUUGUGGAAUCUUGAGUAUGCUCUCCAGCUUGAGGAGACCUCCUCACUUGCCGACCCAGAUGAGAACAGUAUAAAGAGUAUUCCUGGUAUCCUACUACCACAGAUGGAAACUUUUGAUAACAGCGUUAGCUUGGUUGAGGGAGUAAACUCAGGUACUGGUACUGAUGAUGAUAUUGAAGAUGCUACCACAAGUGCUGUAUUUUCUCAGCUGGUGAAUCCACGGGGAAGAUGAGCAUUCAAUCAAGUUGCUGCGGUUUUCAGACUUUAUGGGAUCAUUCAUUUAACAGUCACAGGUGAAAAUAAGCACAGCUUGCAAUCUGGGGAUAGAAGUGAAGAGGUCCUGUACUUGUCCUCUCCACCUACUACUGACAUUGCUACCCCUGGUUUUGCUGUAUUAUUGAAGUUUGGACGGUAUGUUCGGCCAAGAACUCCUUCCACAUUCGGAGAUAGCCCAAAGAUUCUGAGCUGCACCUCCAAGUGUGCGAAGCAGUCAUCAGAUGGUAUGUGGUAGUUGUGGAUCCUAUCAUCUUCCUUGGUGACCGGAACCACAUUUAGCGAAACCUCUGCAAUUCCCUCCACUGUGAUCAUGAUGCUGUUUCUGCUUCCAGUCCUCUCCACCGCCAGCUUCUUAUCAAUUGUCUUCCAUUCAGAGAGAUGGCCUUCUGGGACUUCCAAGGGCUCUCCAUUAUAUGUGAAAUGGAGGUGGUCGACGGCAUCAUCCCAUCGUUCGGUUCUAGUUGCCUCCACGGUGAAAGCGUGCGAACUGAACAUGAUGCUAAGGGCUUGAAUCCACGUGAAGUCACGGGUCCUUCCAGCAGGCCGGGUGCCAAUGAAGCGUGCAUUGAUCUGCAGGUUGGGGUCGGAUAUCAGACUGAAGUACUCAUCUCUCCUCCCAUGGAAGUAGAACACAAUGCCAUCGCCGCCAAUGAAGCGAGGGUCAUAGCAGCCAGAUCCCAAUCCGUUGCAAUUGGCUUUUCGACCUGCAAUGAAGAUAUAAAUUUAUGGACAGUGCUCUCAAGUAAUCUCAAGGUAGACAAACAGAAAGAAGGUAUGAAUAGACGUGAGGACUCCAUGGCUACAAAUUUUCAUGCAUAUGUUCUAGUUUGUUGGCAAUUGUUGACUCAGAAAUGAACUAGUGAGAAACUGUCAAGCAGGUGAUCAUACCACGGCAGACUGUCUCACAUUUGGGUGAGUUGCAGUCCAGAAAGCAUCCUUUGGCUUUUGGGUCCGAUGGUUUUGCAACCGGGCACUCCUUCGGGCAUCCAACCUGCUUGCGGAAGCACGGGCUUGGUCGGUUUCUACAGGUCAGGGAGCUUUGAGCUGAGAUUCCUCCAAUUUCUAUGGCGACUGCAAAGAAGAACAUCAGAGCUGUAUAUUUGAUGCCGUUUUCCUUCAUCUUCUAAUGUUGGGUUGCUCAGAAUCUUAGCUAAAGGAUAGAUAAUGCUCAGUUAUGAGAGCCAGCAUCUUGUCUUU